GGACAAGGCAGUGGCCUGCAGUGGCUCGCUAACCCCACCUUUCCCCGACUCCCAGAGUCCAGGCCUCAUAAGUGACUAGGACACGUCGCGAUGGUCACCAUACGGGUCGCACGGGCAGAGGACUUGCAGGGGAUGCAGGCGUGCAACCUGCAGAACCUACCGGAGAAUUAUACAAUGAGAUAUUACCUGUUCUAUAUGUUGUCUAAUCCGCAGGUGUCGUACGUCGCGGAGGACGAAGGGAAGAUCGUCGGAUACAUCCUGGGACGAAUGGAGGACGACGUACCGGAAGGGGAGGAGCCGCACGGACACGUUGUCUCCAUCUCCGUCCUGAGAUCCUACCGUCGUCUUGGACUCGCGAAAAAGCUCAUGCUUCAGUCACAGGAAGCUAUGGCGGUCGUGUAUCGAGCGGCAUACGUUACGCUGCACGUCCGUAAGUCCAAUCGGGCUGCGCUAGGACUGUACAAAGAUACACUCGGCUUCACCGUGCAAGACAUAGAGAAGAAGUACUAUGCUGACGGCGAGGACGCGUACGUGAUGCGGCGGUUAUUGAAGCAACAGCGCGUGUGAUAGACCCGGAAGAUUUCGCAAUUUCCUGAGUCCCCUCACAUCUGGAAUACACAGUGCCUGGGCAACGACGUAGACUGCAUAGCAGAGCGCUUUACGAGACCAC